GCCGCACGAUCCAUCCUCUUCCGCCUCUCCUUCCGAGUCGUCGUCGUUGCCACCGCCGCGCCCGCGUCCGAACCCCUGACCAAACCUUCGCGCCCGCGCCGCCGCCUUCUCCUCCGCCCAGGCGCGAUGGAUAUCCGCCGCACUCCGCCGCGCUCUUCGUCCGGCGGGGGGGAGCCGAGGUUCCGCCAGGUCGGCUUCGUCACCUCCGCCGAGCCCGCAGCAGCGCCGGCCCCCUCGGCUCACGCACCGUCGUCGUCGCCGCCGGCGGCUCACCUCUCGCCGGGCCCUCUCUCGCCAGUCAUGAUCCCGCCUCCGCGGAUCCCCGACCACCUCCCCGUUCCCGCUCCCGCGUCGGAGUCCAUCAUGCCUUCCUCCCCGCCGCCGGCUUCGUCGUCCCGCCUCGACGCGAGCUCCGACCUCGAAGACGACGAUGUUGACGUCUCCUGGGCGCGGCCACCGCCCCCUGCUCUGCUAGAACCAAAUAAGAGAGAUCUUACUGAAACAAAGAAUGAAGGCGCUCCAACUUCAGUUCCACAAAAAUCAAAACUUUCUAAAGCAGAGAGACGUGCUAUUCAAGAGGCUCAACGUGCUGCCAAAGCUGCUGCAAAGGAUGCAGGUAUGAAAAUUGCAGGUUUAUCAGGAAAAUCAACAGCCAUGGCUUCUGGUGCUAGCACUACAAUGUCAAAGCAACCCAAGACAGCAAAAACAUCUCUGAGAAAUGAUGUGACUCAAGUUAAUCCCCCAAUUGCUUCUGAUAAGAAGACUGGCCAACACCCUCGUGACAAAGAUCGAAAGAAAGAUGCUCCGCACCCCCGCAUGCAGUUUGAUGAUGUACAUCGGGUGGAGAACACAAAGAGGCAUUCAGUUGUCAACAAAUCAGAAACUCAAAACAGAAUUGAAAUGUUCGGACAUCUGCCUCAAUAUGCGCAUGGCACUCAGCUUCCUGACCUCAAGUCAAAAUUCUUUCUACUUGAUGCAAUGCAUCCUUCUGUAUACAAGGUUGGACUUCAAUAUUUGUCUGGUGACAUAUCUGGUGACAAUGCUCGUUGCAUAGCAAUGCUUCUUUCAUUCAAAGAGGCAAUAAAUGAUUACUCCACGCCUGCAGAAAAAACUCUCGAUCGAGAUCUUCCUGCUAAAAUCAGUAGCUAUGUGUCAUUUCUCGUUGAGUGCAGGCCUCUUUCAAUCAGCAUGGGUAAUGCUAUUCGAUUUUUGAAGAACAGGAUUGCCAAGCUACCACUUACAUUGUCGGAGUCAGAAGCUAAAGCUAGUCUUCAAUCUGAUAUUGAUGGUUUUAUAAAUGGGAAGAUAAUAGUUGCAGAUAAGGUCAUCGUUAGUCAUGCUAUCACAAAAAUCAGAGAUGAUGAUGUCUUAUUGACAUACGGGUCGCCCUCUGUUGUUGAAAUGAUUUUUGACCAUGCUCAUGAACUGGGAAAGAAAUUUCGUGUUGCGGUGGUAGAUUCUCGUCCAAACCUUGAGGGACAAAGAUUAUUGCGCAGAUUAGUUGCGAAGGGUAUCAGCUGCACAUACACACACAUAAAUGCUGUGUCAUACAUCAUGCAUGAGGUUACAAGAGUGUUUGUGGGUGCCUCCUCAGUAUUAUCAAAUGGAACUAUCUACUCCAGAGUUGGGACAGCUUCUGUUGCCAUGGUUGCACAUGCUUUUCAAGUUCCUGUUCUAGUGUGUUGUGAGGCAUAUAAGUUUCAUGAGAGGGUUCAACUUGAUUCUAUAUGCUUUAAUGAACUUGGUGAUCCAGAUGCUAUUUCAAGAGUUCCUGGCGGUGAUAAUUUGAGUCAUCUAAAAAACUGGGUCGAUAUCAAAAAUCUACAAGUUUUGAAUCUUAAGUAUGACAUCACCCCUUCUGAUUAUGUUUCAAUGCUCAUAACAGAAUAUGGAAUGCUCCCACCCACUAGUGUACCAGUUGUUUUGAGAGAGUACCGCAGGGAGCACAUAUGGAUAUAGACGUCACUGUUUUCCUUGAUGAUAUAAUGUCUUGCGUGUUUAAUUUUAGGUCAGUUUCAACUUCCAGUCAGCAAGGAUUGCUGUUUGCUUCAUUUUCGCAAUAAUGGUCGGUUGCACUGACAUGAAGCACUUCAUCAUUCAGGUCAGUUUCAACUUCCAGUCAGCAAGGAUUGCUGUUUUGACUGUAUACAGGACGGGCCAUGGAGUAAAAGCCUCACAUGUCCACAGAUGCUAAAUGCAAGACUUUCAAGCACCAUUGUUGUUUGCAAGUUUUGUGCAGCCUAGAAAAGUUAGCAUUGUUGGUCUCCAAAUAAUGGUUCAUUAGUAGGCAUAUAAUUGUUAUCCUUGACUGAGGUGACCAAGCAUGAAUUUCCAUGAUAUAUAUAUAUAUAUA